AUGCUGACUUCAGACGACCACAACUUGGAAGAGCGCCUGCGUGGCCGCCACACCGAGCAACCGCAUCAUCAGACCUUGUCUAGCAUCAUAGAGAGCUUCAUCGCCGACACGUCGGUCGAUGCCCACGGCCAGCAGCAUCUGGGUAGGGAGCUUUUCAACAGGGCUCUACGCACGAUAAACCAGGACGAGGGCUCCGAGGUUCUCCAGGAGAUCAUUGCGUCCUUGGAGCGGGUUGGCGACAAGUUCCGGCCCGAUGCCGGGGUGUCUCAGGAGUUCCUUGACUCGCUAGAGCGUGUCGACGUGUCUCUGCUUCCGGCAAACGCCGACUGUCCCAUCUGUACCAACCGCUUUGCCGAUGCUCAGUACCCUUUGGUGGUGAAGCUCCCAUGUCACGUCAAGGGCCGCCGCGAGCACGUCUUUGACAUGGAUUGCAUAGCCCCCUGGCUCAAGAUGCACUCGUCGUGCCCUCUAUGCCGCUUUGACGUUCGUGACGCUGACAGUGUUCGGCGUGAGCGCUUGGCUCGUGAGCUUGCGAGAGCCAAGGAUGAGGAUGACGAAGAGGAAGAGGAGGAUUGGGAUAUGUACGGUUGA